GUCAUCGUCUGGAAUCUGAAGCUUCCUCCAGCAUCUGAGUCAGACUGAGAGGACAGCAGAACUGCUGGAUGUGCUCUGCUGCCAGUGGGACCUCUGCAGUUCCCCCUCCUCAGUGCCAGCUAUGAGUUCCUGCAACUUCACACAUGCCACCUUUGUACUUAUUGGUAUCCCAGGACUAGAGGAAGCCCAUUUCUGGUUCGGCUUCCCCCUGCUUUCAAUGUACGCCGUGGCCUUGUUUGGAAACUGCAUCAUAGUCUUUAUUGUAAGAACAGAGCGCAGACUGCAUGCUCCCAUGUACCUCUUUCUCUGCAUGCUGGCAGCCAUUGACCUGGCCUUGUCCACAUCCACCAUGCCCAAGAUCCUUGCCCUCUUCUGGUUUGACUCCCGGGAGAUUUCUUUUGAUGCCUGCCUUGUCCAGAUGUUCUUCAUUCAUGCUCUCUCAGCCAUUGAAUCCACCAUCCUACUGGCCAUGGCCUUUGACCGUUAUGUGGCCAUCUGUCACCCACUGCGCCAUGCUGCAGUGCUCAAUAAUACAGUAACAGCCCAGAUUGGCAUGGUGGCUGUGAUCCGCGGAUCCCUCUUCUUUUUCCCACUGCCACUACUCAUCAAGCGGCUGGGCUUCUGCCACUCCAAUGUGCUCUCACACUCCUACUGUGUGCACCAGGAUAUGAUGAAGUUGGCCUAUGCAGACACAUUGCCCAAUAUGGUCUACGGUCUUACUGCCAUUCUCCUGGUCAUGGGCGUGGAUGUCAUGUUCAUCUCCUUGUCCUACUUUCUGAUUAUACGAACAGUUCUGCAACUGCCGUCCAAGUCAGAAAGGGCCAAAGCCUUUGGGACCUGUGUAUCACACAUUGGUGUGGUCCUGGCCUUCUAUGUGCCACUCAUCGGCCUCUCGGUGGUGCACCGCUUUGGAAACAGCCUUGAUCCCAUCGUGCAUGUUCUCAUGGGGGAUGUCUACCUGCUGCUGCCUCCUGUAAUCAAUCCCAUCAUCUAUGGUGCCAAGACCAAGCAGAUCAGAACACGGGUGCUGGCUAUGCUCAAGAUCAGUUGUGACAAGGACAUUCAAGCUGUGGAACAUAGGUGACCCUUGCCAUCCUAAUUCCCCUUAUCCUUACUGGUUUAAUAUAAUUAUUUCAUAACACUAAUUUAAUUCUAGUUGCCUGUAAACAUAUCAGUGCUUUUCUCCAGCUGGAAUAGUAAACUACAGUCUAGUCGCUUCAUGGAAUAAUAAGUAGGAUAAUCCAUAUUAAUGGAAUAUUAUCUGGUUAAAAGACUAUAAAAAUGAAACAUUAUAAUAUUAACUAAAAUAAUAAGGAUAUUUGAUUGAAACUAGGUUGAAAAACAGCCUAUGCCUUGGAGGAAAUGUAUACAAAUGAUUGAUGAUUUAGUUUUAUUCCUGCUUUUUAAACUUUUUGUCAUGUAGUUAUUGUUUAGUUGACAUGUACAGUUUUUUUUUUUUUUAAUGGGGGAAAUUAAACUGACAAUUUAUGGAAGCCAGGGCUUGCCACAGUCCCCACUGUUGGUUUAUAAUGUACUACCUGGGAAUUUAUCCAAGCCCUUAAUAAUAGUGUUUAUGCACUUAUCUUGUGUUCUUACAAUGUUCCAGUCACUAUGAUAAGUGCUUUAUAGCUUUUUUGUCAUCCUCACAGCUUUAUGGGGUUGGUACCAUUUUUGUCUACUCAUUACAGGUGAUAGAAAUGAAGCUUAUAAUAGCAAAGUGACUUAACUAAUCACGUAGCUUUUGUGUGCUGUGCCAAGGUUUGAAAUUAAAUUUGAUAAUUGAAUCCAGUUACUUAACUGCCAUUUAUAUUGCUUCCUGUUUAACAUCUGCCAUUUAUUUCCUCUGCCUAUGCAAACCCUGUUUUCUCUCUGCUAUGUACUAAGAUGGUUAUCUUUGUUUUUUGUGCCUGAGAGAUAACCCUGUCCUGGUUGAGGGUGACAGAACCAGGUUAGUUCACGCUUCAUGUUUAGUAGCCAUGAUCUGAUAGCUUACUUUUUUCCAGGCUAAAGGAGAAUGGUUUUGUCUAUUUGUCUCAUUCAUAUCUUAUAUCUCUUGGAUCAUGUCUUCCCUUUUUUAGUGUGUCCUGUAUCUGUCCAAUAUUUUAAAUGAUACUGAGUUUUAAUAUAGGUGUCAGAAAAUAAUUUAAAUUUUGUUAUGCUUGAUACUUUAUUUUUAUAGAAUCCUAUAAAUUAAUAUUUGGAAAUAUGUGAGAGUCUCCAGUCUUUUCCAUCAGUACAAGGGUCCCUGACAUGUAUUGUUUGCAGAACUGUAAAGAUGUUAAAUGCAUUUUAUUUCAAGGUAGAAUAUUCUCAUUGUAUGGAUUAGAAACUCUAAUGAGUAGUUGAAACUGGAAUGAAUACAAUUGCUAGGCCUAUGUGAGCUUGGGAAGUUACAGAGUUUCAGUUUGAGAUGUUAAAAAGCUCUGGAAAUGGAUAGUGGUGAUGGUUGCAAAGCAGUGUUAAUAUACUUGAUGCUAUUGAAUUGUAUGCUCAAUUACUUAA